GCAUCACCGCACAGUCUCCCCACCAACUACAAUUUGACAGUUUCUCAGGUGAGGCGUCACGCUACAGGAGCUCUUUCACUUUCUCUUGAGUUUCAGCGCGCAUUUCGCUGUGAGCCUGGGGUUGCUUAACUCAAAAACCAAUUACCAGAAGCCCUCACACCACGGCACCAUGAGCAAAAAGAAAAAGGAGUGGAGAGCGGAGAAAGAGCGCUUACUCAGUCUUGGUCUAGAGGAUAGGCGCAAAGAUUAUCGGGGAAACUAUGUGCCAUUGGACAAGAUUGCCACCUGGGCAAACCAUGACGAUAAUACAGCUACUGAGGAAGAAGAACAAAAGUCUUUCUCCUUGACUGACAAAGUGUCUCUGUACAAAGGUGACAUUACCAUCUUGGAGCUGGAUGCCAUAGUGAAUGCUGGUGAGUUUGCUGUUUCUGAUCAGUUGCAGUUUUAA